AUGGCUAGCUUAAACUCUAUUGCCGCUAUCCGCCACGUGAUAUCACAAUUUCCAUUCUCGGUCGCGUCAACUUUGGCCGACGAACAGGAGAGUGGUGCACGACAACAGCCGUUCUCACGCCUCGGAAGCACCGCAAUCUCGGUAUGCAAGAAUAUGGCAGAAACACGAAGGCUCCGAGCCGCCACAGCUAUGAGAUCACGCAAAUCAGAGUCCUCCGCCCGCCCGCCGCAACGCCAGGUUCCGGCGAAGAGGAAGGCCUCAACGCCUGCACAGAUUCCCCAGCUCCUCGGGCCUGUUGAAGAAUCUCUACCAACAAAGAUCAAGGUAGGAGAACCGCUACCAACCCUAGGCAAAGCUCAAUCAACGACCCUUUAUACACAAGAUUACCAAUCCUACAGCGAGAGCUCCGUGGCCGCAGCUGCCCUCCAUCGUUCACAGACAAAAUGGCUCCAAGAUUGUAUUUUCGAGAAAUACUGGACCAAGCCCUCUAGGAAGAAGGGCCAGCCGCAGCCCACGACUCCGAACCCCCCCAAAGAAUCGAUGACCAAGCUAGGACCGUGUACAAUCGUGAUCGAACCUCACCAUUUUGAAGUCAUGCUUUACGCUGUGCGCAAUCUGCAGCCGCAGCAACGAUAUGUCGCUCCUCCAAUCCAAAAGCCUUUGAUUCACGUUCAAUAUACGGCGCCAAACAGCCCAAGCACUUUUCACCAAUACCAGCCGCCUCCGCCACCACCCUUUCCUCGUUCAUCCCCUCAAAUCCCUCCGAGCCCUCAAAUUCCCCCUUCGCAUACCCCGCAAACUUCUCAACCUCCUGGCCCCCCUCCAAACCAACCUCUUGCCAGCGAACAGGCGGGGCAGAUUAACCCUCCAGGCCCUCCCCCUGGCCCUCCGUCGCGGCCUCCUUCGCGCCAACAUGUCUCGUCUAUCGAACCAAAACCAAAACCAAGCCCUACCCCUCCUCCCAAAAAGUCUCUAGAUCCGUCUCCGCCGCCGCCGAAAGGUAGCACAGAUCCUGUCAUACAAAUGUUGGCCACAAGAGCUGCUGUGAAUCCCCAAUUAAAAGCGCUCAUGCGCGUCGUGGCAUCGAGUGAAGCAACUGAAGAGCAGUUGCGGACGUUUCAGGCGCAUAUCGAUGAGCUUAAUGCGAUAAUUGCGAGCCGAAAUAAACAGGACUCUCGAGUCAAUUCCCCAAAAAGCAACCUAGCCUACAUUCCGCAACAUUCUAACAUGUCCCCUGCACCUAAUGUUCAAACACCUGGCCCUCAGCAAGCCGCUAGGCCUACCGCUAAACCGCUUGCCUAUCAACCCCAACCCAAGCCCCAUCCUGUGCCCCCAGGCCAGUAUUCCAUCCCGCCCCAAGCGCAGCCACCUCGCUCUGCAACCUCCACUCCACCCAUCCGGUCCAAAUUUCCGCAACAGCCACCACAUAGCUCUUAUAUUCAUCAGCAAAGGAUACCACCCCCGCUUCAACCAGCAAGACAAGAUAUCAAGGCUAUAGUUUUCGAAUUCAUUACUCCUGCGGGUUCCGGGCUUACAACCUCGGGGGACAGAUAUCUUCUCCCUGAAAAUAUGAUUAUUGACUAUAUUCCCCCGGGAAUGCAAGUUAUAGCUUCGUUCCUUGUCGUCAAGAAGGUUGGCCCUUCUGGAACACCUCUAGAUGCGGCUCCCCCUGGGACUAGCAAGCCGAAGACGAAGAAGCCCAAAGCCUCUGCAAUCCCCGCUCCCCCCACCCCAGUCGUAGAUUCUCCUAGAGGCACGCCUCAACCAUCGACCUCUCAGCAAACAGUACAGUCAUCACAGGGGGGCGAGCAACCUGCCGCCACCCCAGGUCCUUCCGGAACGAAAGACGAUGCCUCUUCAAAGGAACCACCAUAUAAAGAAUACUAUCAACCAAUUACAAUGCGGUUAUUUGCGGGCAAUUCGCGUGUCCUCGAGCCUCUAGCGCGGGUGGUCAAGCCGCUCGUCGAAGUCCAACAAUACAUGAACAAUGUGAUGGACCGAAUCGAACGCGCUCCCAUUCGAUAUCUCGCCAUGCGAUUGCCGCGCGAAAAGGCCACUAAAAAUGGGGCGGACGACGACAAAGUUGCUGAAGUAAGUGGAGGUGCUAGUACUCCCAAGCAUGGCAAUGCCGGGAACGGCAGCAGGAGUAGAGCCAGGAGCGAGAUUGGAGAUUCUGAAAGUACUCCGGCUCCGGACGAGGUCGAAGAAGAGUUGAAGGACUUUUAUGAUGCUCCCUCUGGGCUUGUUCCCCUGAGAUGCUAA